AGCCGUACAGAAAGGUUCGCGUGAGCGACUCACUCUCUCUGCAGUCUUCGAACGAAAACUCUUUCAUUUUCUUCCUUUUUAUUAAUAUUUAAAAUAAAAGGGAAAUAAAUUAAACUUUCGGAAAAGCGUGAUACAAUACAAAAAUUAAUUAAAAUUGGUAAUAGUGUGUGACUUUGAUUCCUGUGUUGGAAAAUAAAAGGAAAUAAUAACGUUUAAUAAGUACGGCUGUGUAAUGUGUAUUCGUGUGUCGCAAGUCGUUUCGCUCUAGCGACUAUUGAGUGUUUUCAAUUUUCGAAAGUCAGGAAAGAAGAGGAUUAUUUCCUAUUUUCAAUUCUGGAUCAAUCCUAUUAGAUAACCAGAUGUAAUCGCGGCGAUUGGAGAAAGCGAAUUCCGAAGAAAAAUCGACAGAAAUAUAUUUGGGCGGAUUGGUCAUUGAAAGAGAACUGCCACAACAGAAAGAGAGGAAAUAAAGAUAUACGGUUCCUUCUUUUCAGACAUUGUUUGGGAACUCUCAAAGUAAUGAAUAAAUAAAAGUAAACAGUACUCUUUUGCGAAGUUAGAUAAGAGUAAGAGUUGGAGAGGGACUGAGAGGCAGAGUUAGAUUUAUAGUGAAGCGGAGGCAGUUGGGAGGUAUUCGUUGUCUGAGCAGGACCUGAAUUCACUCGAUUUUUUACCUCUCGAGAUUCGGCUCUGACGGCUGCGAAAUGUGACGCCAAAGUUUGACCGAUGUCUGAAAAUUGAUUGGUCAACCCUCGUCAACCCUGAUCGCUCAUGGCGAGUUGAGUGGUCAGAAGGAGGAAAAAAUGAAAAUGAAAAUGAAAGUGUUGAAUUAAAAAGUAAAGAAAUAAUAAAGGACAAUAUAAAGAGGUUGGUGGGGGAAUAGCGUUUUGCUUUUUGGGGAGCAGGGGGAGUAUGAAGGAGGCAAUGGCAACGGGAGACGUUGUUGCGGAUCCGCUGGAAGAUGGUACUUCCGGUUCCCUUCAGAAUCCAUCGACAGGAAAGGAAUUUGGCCAGAGGACUUUGAGGUCGCUGAAGAGAGGAUUGGGCAGAUUGUGGAAGAGACAUCGUGGAAAUGCAUCCAUUACGGAGUAUGAUCCUUGUUACAAAGUUGCUUACCUUGGAAACGUAUUGACGGGAUGGGCGAAAGGUGAAGGCUGCGUGGAGAAGCCCGUUUCGACCUUGUGGCGCAAUUACGUGAGCAGCAGUAGACCCGAUGUUUCAAUGAGACUGACGGUCACAAACGGUGGAUUGACAGCCACAACUAAGGACCAUGGCCUGACGGAAUAUUGGGCCCACCGAGUGACGUACUGUACAGCACCAGCCUCCCACCCCCGACUUUUCGUUUGGGUCUAUCGACACGAAGGGCGCAGAUUGAGGCCCGAAUUGAGGUGCCAUGCUGCCUUGUGUUCCAAAGAAUCCACCGCAAGGCGACUGGCUUCGACAUUGAACGCGAGACUUCAUCAAGCUCUGCUGGAAUUUCGAAGGGACAAAGUUUCCAGGCAAAAUGCCAGAUUGUCGCUCGCCAACGCCGUCUACGAAAAUCCCUCGUUGCCCCGAAGGAAAAUUCUUUUGAGCACCGGAGGCCAAAACUAUCGACCACCCCUAGAAAGGUCGAAAAGUGCCCCGAAGCUCUCCGCCAUCGAGGAGGACACCGUUGCCGAAGAAAUUGAGCAAAAGCGUUUGCUGGAGGAACUCAGAUCCCUAGAAAGUGUCGCAAGUUGGGAGCAGGAUGGAUGGAGACUCUCGAGACUUCUGGAUGUCCUCAACAGGGAAUCUUCCGAUGAAAACGGAAGUAUUUCGAGCGGAUGCGAAACUUCCAGCACAGCCAAUAGCGAAGAAAGAAAUCCUUCGAGUUCCGAAGAGUCCCACAUCGCGAGCGAAGAUCCUAGAAAGAGGAAAGUCUUCUUUGCUGAUGAUGAUGUCAUCAUUGGAUCGGGUCCCAGAAGAAAUUCUGAUGGGUCUCCAAAUUUCAUGACUUGUGCAGGAAGUCCCCGGUUUCGAAGGACGUCGAGGAAGAGUUUUUCCUCGAGGAGUGAAGGUGAGGAGUCGAUGGAAUCGAUGGAGGAGGAGGAGGAGGAGGAGGGUUCUAAUCUUUUUGAGUUCGAUGAUGAAGAUUUCGAUGAAGUCGACUACAGACCACGAGGGGAACAUCCUCUGAGGCUGGAGAAUCUGCAAAAGGGUGAAAAGUAUCCUGGAAGGUGCAAAGAACUGGAGGAGGAGACCUUUCUUAUUCUGGACUCUCUUGAUGAAGAAGCUGACAGCGAUGAAGGAUAUGUCGAAGCUCCACCAAAAUUGAUUGAUCAAGAUGGUACGAAACUGAACAAACUUGAUCAAGACGACAGCAGUGUGAUCAAACUCGAUCAAGAUGGAGACUCUCUAAAUAGAAAAGAAAUUACGGAUCCUCUUGAGGUUCAGAGGGAACUUCUCAGGACAGAAUCUACUGAUGAAGAUUCAAGUCCUGAGAUAAAAUCCAAUGGUCAGAGUCACUUUUCAAGCUCGAAUUCCACUCCGAGGGAGAGAGGAAAGGAGGAAGAGUUGGAUUUGAACUCCAAUGGCGUAAAGAAGUGUCCAAAGGUUAAGGAAAACGAGAGACAGGAUUUCAUCCAGAUCCAGUGUCCAAUUUCUGAGACGAUAAAGAAAUUUAGCGCCACCCUGAAGAGCUCGAAAUCUUUGGACAUUUCGAACAAAUCUUGUUUGAAAGUACUGAAGAGCUCAAAGUCGUUCGAGAGCUCGAAAACUCUCGAAUUUGAGAGUGAAUCGCCUAGUCUUCAUCAGAGGAAGCAGUUGCUCGCCAAGCAAGGUGUUACAGUUUAGAUAGAAUCUUUUUUAGUUUAAAAAAUUUAUCGAGGAUAAGAAAACCCACAUCUCAACUGCACGCAAUGUUGCCUCAAUGCGUGAAUGCUCUUUCCCGAUCAAUCUUGCUGCAAUGUUGAAUCAAUGUUCCUUUCCUAUUUUGCUCUAAUUUAUUAAUGUUCUUUUCCAAUCAGUGUUGUUGAAGUGUUGCUACAUAUGUUGGUAGAGUGUUCCUGCAAUGUUGAUACAAUUUUUCUGUAAUUUAUAAAUGUUUUUUCUCACUUAAUGUUGCUGAAAUGUUUUACUGAAAUGUUGCUGAAAUUUUAAUGCAAUGUUGAUACAAUGUUUCUUUGCCAUAAGGCUGCAAGGUUGGUACAACUUUUCUUUGCCAUAUUGCUGCAAUGUUACUGGAAUUUAUGAAUGUUCUUUCCCAAAAAAUGUUGCUGCAAUGUUGCUGCUACAUUAAUGCAAUGUUGCUGAAAUAUUAAUGCCAUGUUACUGCAAUUUUGUUGAAAUAUCGAUGCAAUUUUGAUGAAAUUUUGCUCCAGUAUUGAUGCAAUUUUGCUGAAAUGUUGAUGCAAUGUUGCUUCAAUGUUAAUGCAAUUUUUCUGCAACGUUGCUCCAAUGUUGAUUCGAUUUUUAUGCAAUGUUGAUUUAAGGUAUGCAUGUUCUUUCCCAAUCAAUGUUGCUGCAAUGUUUUUUUGAAAUUCUGCUGAAACAUUAAUGCAAUGUUGCUGAAACAUUGAUGCAAUGUUGCUCCUACAUUAGUGCAAUGUUUCUUCACAAUAAAAAUGCAAUUUUGCUGAAAUAUUAACGCAAUGUCGUUGCAAUUUUGCUACAAUGUUGAUGCAAUGUUGCUGAAUUUUUGAUGCAACUUUGAUGAAAUGUUGCUCUGUUGUUGAUGCUAUGUUGCUGAAAUGUUACUGCAAUUUUUAUGCAAAGUUGCUCCCAUCUUGAAGUUUUAUGCAAUGUUGAUUUAAUAUAUGCAUGUUCUUUCCCAAUCAGUGUUGCUGCAAUGUUUUAUUAAAAUUCUGCUGAAAUAUUAAUGCAAUGUUGUUGAAUUGUCGAUGCAAUGUUGCUCCAAUUUUAAUGCAAUUUUUCUGCAACUUUGCUCCAAUGUUGAUGCAAGUUUUAUGCAAUGUUGAUGUAAUGUAUGCAUGUUCUUUCCCAAUGAAUGUUGAUGCAAUGUUUCAUUGAAAUUCUGCUGAAACUCUAAUGCAACGUUGGUGCAAUGUUUCUUUACAGUGUUAAUGCAAUCUAUGUGCAAUGUUUCUGUACAAUGUUGCUUGAAUGUUUCUGCAAUGUUGCUGUAGUGUCUAAAUGUUCCUUCCCCAAUCAAUAUUACUGCAAUGUUGAUGCAAUUUUGCUAUAAUGUAUCAAUGUACUUUCCCGGUCAAUGUUGCUGCAAUGUUGAUUGAAUGUUGCUACGCAAUUUUGAUGCAAUUUUGGUACAAUUUUGAUGCAAUGUUGACACAAUUUUAAUGCAAUAUUGAUGCAACGUUGCGUAUUGUUGGAGCAGAUUUGACGUUUUUUUUUCAAGUGGUACGAAGCUGGUGAAUGAAGAGAAUUUUCCUAUGCGAUAAAUUUUUAAUCCAAAUUAUUGUUAAACCGACUUUAAAUCAAGACACCUCUUUUAAUUUUACUUUGAGCGCUUCUUCGAUUAGGGAUGUAUCACAGCCGAUCAUAACCUCAAACUUGAUAAGGAAUCAAGAAAUCAAAUAAAGGAGAAUUUUUUCCAGGUGAAAAUAUGCACGUGAAAAUUUGCGCAACGAAAUUUCAAACGUUCUGCUCGGAAAUUUAUUUAUUUUUUUAUAUAUAUUUUUUAUUUUAAAUAUCUUAUAAAACGUAAGAGUUAGAUGAAAAUUAAUAUUAUUUUUGAAUUUUGCUUACAGUUUCACGUAAAAUUCAACUUGAGAAUUUAUUAUUUCUAGGUAAAAUUCCACGUGGAAAUCUUCUAGGAAUGCUACGUAUCAAUAUUCUAUGUGCACAUCUAUGUCAAUAAUUUCACCUGGACUGUCAAGAGCCUUUAAUUAUAAAAGAGAACUCUAAUCAAAGUAUAAAAAAAAAAGUUUUGGUCACCGUUUUUUAUUUUAAAAUAGUUAUUUAUAUUUUUUGCUUUUUCUUCUCUCACAGAGAGCAGUCUUGAUUUUUAUCCUAUUUUAUUCAAUCGUAACUCUUUUUAUUUCUCGUAGGAUUCUCUACCGAUGGCAGAUUAUUAUAAAUAAUUUUUUUAAAAAUUAUUUUAUUUAAUAUCAAAAAUAGGAAAUUUUUUAAAAUGUAGUAUGUCAUCAACAAACUCUAUGAACAAUUAUCCGUAUCAAUUAUUUAUGAUGAAGCGAAUAAAGUUUUUCCUUGGAAUUAAUAUUUAUUUGUCUCAUAACAAUGUGUGAUAAUUUAAAUAAACUUAAUUAACAAAUGCACUGUUGGGAGCAAUGUAAAAAAAAUAUUAUCAUGUAUUUAUAAACCAAAAAUUCUAUUUUUCACCGAGUAAUUAAAAUUUAAUUAGCGUAGACUCCUUGCUAUCAACUGAUAUCAAUUUAUGAUUGUUUAAACAAUAUUAAUUAAUAAAUUCACUAUUGGGUUAUUUUUUAAGGUAGAAACCUUCUUCUUUCAACGUUAUUAAAUGUAAAUAAAAAAUUUAUCAACUUUUAGGUACAUUUGAAUGACAAUCAAUUAUUAAUAAUAAUAACAAAUGAUGAUCGUUCAAUCAAAAUUAUUUAACAAACGCGUCUGUUGGCUAUUUUUCAACUUCUAAUCCUAGUU